UUUCUCUUCCCCUUUUACUCCCCUCGCCGCCAUCACCAUGCCUUCUCUUUCUCUAAUUCAUACUGACAAUAAGAACCGCUCCUCCGAGAAAACCAACAACCAAUCCCUAACCGAUCCCAUUAUUGCCAAGAAAGCCUCCAAACACAACCCCCCCGAUCCCGGCAGCGAUGGGGUUUCGGGGAAGCCGAAGAAGACGAAGAAGCGCAAGGCUUCAGAUAUAGAGGCCAUGCCCAUGGCGACCAACGAUGGGGACGACGAGACUGGUUCCGAGCUGGUCGAGCCCGAAGCUUCCAGAGAGGAUCACAAGAAGAAGAAAAAGAAGAAAAAGCCCAAGCCCGAAGACCCUCCACCCAUGCAACCGGAGGACCCCAACGCCGUUUCCAACUUCAGAAUUUCCGACCCCUUGAGGGCCAAGUUGAAGGACAAGGGUAUCGAAUCGCUCUUUCCCAUUCAGGCCAUGACCUUCGACACCGUUCUUGACGGUUCUGAUUUGGUUGGUCGGGCUCGCACCGGUCAGGGUAAAACUCUGGCAUUUGUGUUGCCCAUAUUGGAGUCUUUAACAAAUGGUCCGGCAAAAGCAUCCAGAAAGACUGGCUACGGGAGGACACCAAGCGUUCUUGUGCUUCUACCUACUAGGGAAUUGGCUUGUCAGGUGCAUGCUGAUUUUGAUGUUUAUGGUGGGGCGAUGGGAUUGAGCUCUUGUUGUUUAUAUGGCGGAGCUCCAUAUCAAGCUCAAGAAAUUAAGCUCAAGAGAGGUGUUGAUAUUGUAAUUGGCACACCUGGUCGCGUGAAGGAUCAUAUAGAGAGGGGAAAUAUUGACCUGAGCCAAUUAAAAUUUCGUGUCCUUGAUGAAGCAGAUGAAAUGCUGAGGAUGGGUUUUGUUGAAGAUGUGGAACUGAUUCUAGGUAAGGUAGAAAAUGUUAAUAAAGUUCAGACACUUCUUUUCAGUGCUACUUUACCGGACUGGGUUAAGCAUAUUGCCGCAAAAUUUCUGAAGCCAGAUAAGAAAACUGCUGAUCUGGUUGGAAAUACAAAAAUGAAGGCUAGUACCAAUGUUAGGCAUAUUGUUCUUCCUUGCACUGGUUCUGCCAGGUCCCAACUUAUCCCGGACAUUAUUCGCUGUUAUAGCAGUGGGGGCCGGACAAUUAUAUUUACCGAGACAAAGGAGUCUGCUUCUCAGCUUGCAGGGACGUUGCCUGGAGCUAGAGCUCUCCAUGGUGAUAUACAGCAAGCACAACGUGAGGUUACUCUGUCUGGCUUUAGGUCUGGGAAAUUCAUGACAUUAGUUGCCACAAAUGUGGCAGCUCGUGGUCUUGAUAUUAAUGAUGUUCAGUUAAUUAUCCAGUGUGAACCCCCACGUGAUGUAGAAGCCUAUAUCCAUCGUUCUGGGCGCACAGGAAGAGCAGGUAAUACUGGUGUUGCUGUUAUGCUUUAUGAUCCAAAAAGAUCGAAUAUAUCUAAAAUAGAAAGAGAAUCCGGUGUAAAAUUUGAACACAUAUCUGCCCCUCAGCCUGAUGAUAUUGCCAAAGCUGUUGGUGGGGAAGCAGCUGAAAUGAUUAUCCAAGUGUCUGAUAGUGUGAUUCCUGCAUUCAAGUCUGCUGCUGAAGACCUUUUGAACAGUUCUGGUUUAUCAGUCGUUGAAUUACUUGCCAAGGCCCUGGCCAAGGCUGUUGGUUAUACCGAAAUAAAGCAAAGAUCACUUCUCACUUCUAUGGAGAACUAUGUUACAUUACUUCUUGAGAUUGGAAGACCAAUCUUCACCCCAUCUUUUGCCUACGGAGUCUUGAGGAGAUUCUUGCCUGAAGAGAAGGUUGAGGCUGUGAAAGGUCUUUCACUCACUGCCGAUGGAAAUGGUGUUGUUUUUGAUGUACCAGCUGAAGAUUUAGAUACAUAUCUUUCUGGUCAAGAAAAUGCCUCGAAUGUAAGUUUAGAGGUGUUGAAAGCAUUGCCACGUUUGCAACAGAGAGAGCAGCAAUCAAGAGGUGGAAGAUUUGGUGAUGGUGGUGGCCGAGGUAACAGGUUUUCAGGUGGAAGAGGUGGAGGAGGAAGAAACGGUAGAUUUUCAAAUGAUAGGUUCUCCAAUGGUGGUGGGAGAGGUCGUGGCAACUGGGGUGGAAAGAGAUGGUGAAGCUGAUAGUGAAUAAAGCAUUAGUGUUUAUGCUCAAUGGUGAACAUUACUGCAUGACGGCCACGUGGAGAUGACUACUUUAUUCUUGAAUGAAGAAAUCGUUGAUGUUGGUUAGGCUACGGAGGAUUCAAGUUCAGAUGGAUUCAAUGUGUCCCCCAUUAACAUCUGUUUUUGAUACGAUAUUCUUUUUACGUUUUAUUUUGUUAUUGAUUAUUGAUACCCUUUUUUUUUUUUUUUUUUAUAAUUUUAUUCUUGGACUGGGAAGUGUAAGUUUAGAUUCUUAUAUUCUUUUGACUUUCACAGGAGAAAUUUUAAUGUAUUGGUUUU